UCUCUUCUUCUUCUUCUUCUUCUUCUUCUUCUUCUUCACUCUCUUCUCUGCUUCCACAAGAGUCAUGGCUUCCUCCAUUACCAUAUCCUUCCUCCUCAUCUUCCUCCUCUACUCAACAGAAGCAAAAAAAACUUACAUCGUCCGAGUUAAACACUCCGAUAAACCGGACUCGUUCCCAACUCACCACGAUUGGUACACUUCACAGCUCCAAUCUCUCUCAACCCAACAACAAUCGGAAUCGGAAUCUUCUCUUCUCUACACUUACACAACCUCCUUCAAUGGUUUCUCCGCUUUCCUCGACUCUAACGAAGCCGAAUCACUCCUCCGCUCCGAUUCAAUCCUCGAUGUCUUCGAGGAUCCUGUUUACACUCUUCACACGACUCGUACUCCCGAAUUUCUCGGUCUCAACUCCGAAUUCGGUGUCGCUGCUGGGUACAGUGGUCAGGAUCUAGGCCAAGCCUCUAAUAGUGUGAUUAUCGGAGUUUUGGAUACUGGUGUUUGGCCUGAGUCCAAGAGUUUCGACGAUUCCGGUAUGCCGGAGAUUCCGUCUAAGUGGAAAGGAGAGUGUGAAUCUGGAACUGAUUUCGAUUCGAAAUUGUGUAACAAGAAGCUGAUCGGAGCGAGGAGCUUCUCUAAAGGGUUUCAAAUGGCUUCAGGCGGUGGUUUCUCGAGCAAGCGUGAGUCUGUUUCACCUCGUGACGUCGACGGACAUGGGACCCACACCUCGAGCACCGCCGCUGGAUCCGCCGUGAGAAACGCGAGUUUCCUCGGUUACGCCGCGGGUACGGCGAGAGGGAUGGCGACGCGUGCUCGUAUCGCUACUUACAAGGUCUGUUGGAGUACCGGAUGUUUCGGAUCUGAUAUUCUCGCCGCCAUGGAUCGAGCGAUUCUAGACGGCGUGGAUGUGCUUUCUCUCUCUCUCGGCGGCGGAUCAGCUCCGUAUUACCGUGAUACGAUCGCGAUCGGAGCGUUUUCCGCUAUGGAGAAAGGCGUUUUCGUCUCCUGCUCAGCCGGAAACAGCGGUCCGACUAGAUCCUCCGUCGCGAACGUCGCGCCGUGGGUUAUGACAGUUGGAGCCGGAACCCUAGAUCGAGAUUUCCCGGCUUUCGCGAAUCUCGGAAACGGGAAACGUCUCGUCGGAGUCUCGCUUUACAGCGGCGAAGGAAUGGGGACGAAACCGCUCGAAUUGGUUUACAACAAAGGAAACAGCAGCUCGAGCAAUCUCUGUCUCCCUGGCUCGCUCGAUCCCACGACGGUUCGAGGCAAGAUCGUGGUUUGCGACAGAGGCGUGAACGCUCGUGUGGAGAAAGGAGCUGUGGUGAGAGACGCAGGAGGUUUAGGGAUGAUAAUGGCGAACACGGCGGCGAGUGGUGAGGAGCUUGUGGCGGAUAGUCAUUUGCUCCCGGCAAUUGCUGUUGGGAAGAAGACAGGUGAUCUCCUUAGAGAAUACGUCAAAUCGGAGACGAAUCCAAUGGCUGUUCUUGUUUUCAAAGGAACGAUUCUUGAUGUUCGCCCUUCUCCUGUGGUUGCUGCGUUUAGCUCGAGAGGUCCAAACACUGUUACACCGGAGAUCUUGAAACCUGACGUCAUUGGUCCCGGAGUUAACAUUUUGGCUGGUUGGUCCGAUGCUAUUGGUCCCACAGGUCUUGAGAAGGACUCGAGGAGGACCCAAUUCAACAUCAUGUCAGGUACGUCAAUGUCAUGCCCACACAUCAGUGGUUUAGCCGGUCUUUUGAAAGCAGCUCAUCCUGAGUGGAGCCCAAGUGCUAUCAAAUCAGCGCUAAUGACCACAGCUUACACACUUGACAACACAAACUCUCCUCUUCGUGAUGCUGCAGACAACAGUCUCUCUAACCCACAUGUUCACGGCUCGGGCCAUGUAGAUCCUCUUAAGGCUCUCACGCCGGGUCUUGUCUACGACAUCUCGACCGAGGAAUACAUCAAGUUCUUGUGCUCUCUAGACUACACAGUAGAUCAUAUCGUGGCGAUCGUGAAACGACCUAGCGUUAACUGCUUGAAGAAGUUCUCUAAUCCUGGCCAGCUUAACUACCCGAGUUUCUCGGUUUUGUUUGGGGGCAAAAGGGUUGUACGGUACACUCGGGAGGUAACCAAUGUCGGUGCAGCGAACGCGGUUUACAAGGUGGUGGUUAGCGGAGCGCCUAGUGUUGGGAUCUCUGUUAAACCGUCGAAGCUUGCGUUUAGAAAAGUGGGAGAGAAGAAGAGGUACACGGUCACGUUUGUUAGCAAGAAGGGAGUGAGUUUGACGAACAAGGCUGAGUAUGGUUCCAUCACUUGGACCAAUACUCAACACGAAGUGAGAAGUCCCGUUGCAUUCUCUUGGAACCGGUUUUGAUAAAAACAAAGAGACAACGACACAAAUAUAUCCCUAGUGAUGUUUUCUAUUUAAGUUUAUUUCGGUUUCUACAUGAUUGGGUUUAGGCUAAACCAAAACCCAUCCUGAGCCAUAAGCGAUGGGAAAUGUUCUUGUUUGGUUUUCGGUUUGGUUUGGUUUGAAUGUAUCUGUGUGUAGGUGAAUGAAGUCCCAAAAAGUCUGGGAUGGGUAGAGAAGAAAUUGUU